GGAGUCUUCACUCACUCAGCUUUCACACUUCCUUCCCUAGGCCUCGGCAUUAACUCUUCUGUGAAUGAUAGGGGGGAAAACAACCUCUUAGAUCUUUUCUAACCUGCCCAACUUUUUGGUCAGAUUGUUUUAUUAAUUUUUUUUAAAGAUGUAUUUAUUUAUUUUAUGUGUAUUAGUACACUGUAGCUGUACAGAUGGCCGUGAGCCAUCAUGUGGCUGCCGGGAAUUGAACUCAGGAUGGCCCCGCUUGCUCCGGCCCUGCUCUCAAUAUACUGUAAUUAGGCAUAAUAUAUACUGUAGCUGUCUUCAGACACACCAGAAGAGGGUGUCAGAUCUCAUUAUGGGUGGUUGUGAGCCACUAUGUAGUUGCUGGGAUCCGAACUCAGGACCUUCGGAAGAGCAGUCAGUGCUCUUACCUGCUGAGCCAUCUCGCCAGCCCUGUUUUAUUAAUUUUUAUUCUUGUUUUAUAGCCAGAAGACUCUUAGUAAGUAUAGUAGGAAUGGAGAGAAAAUUAAAGAGUAAAUAAAACAUAACACUAAAUGAAUAACAUAACAAAACAUAACACCAGACAAAUAAACACAUAACAAAACAAAACACUAAAAACAGAUUUGCUUAGUGCCAAUUCUGUUGAAGAAAGGAAGAGAAGGAAGAGAAGUAAAGAAGCCCUUGCUUCAGCACUUAGAGCAGUAAGGAAGCAGGAAGGGUGUGUGUUAGCACUGGCAUGUGAGCAAUGAGAUCAGCCAGGUUAGGAAGUCCUCAGGCAUCCAGAAGUUCAUUUCCACAAGACUACUUGAGAUCCAUUUGCAUAUGGACAGCUUUAAGGACCCUUCCAACUCCAGCUACAACACAACUAGGCGGCUAGUUACUAAGAUUCUGACCUGCUCUUCUAGACUCUUGAAGUAACCCUCUUAUCCACAAAUCACUCCUCCACCUACCAUCUUUGAAAAAGAAGAGAAGUACUUUUACUAAUCAUGUGCAUCUAAAAGAAAGCUCCUGCAUGCAUAGCUGACACGCCACCUACUGCAAAACCCAGCUGCCAGCGCAGGCGGUGCUACCAGCAUUUCAUUGCAUCGCCAGGCUGGGUCGGAAUAAAGGCGUGCUUGUGUGGUAGUGUUUCUUUUUUAAAAGAAAAAAAAAAUCUCCAAGCCAAGAAGAACAAGCUGAAAUAGCAUCUUGAAAAUGGAGCGUAAAAUAAUCAGAAGAGAAAAGGAAAGGGAGUACGAAGGGAGGCACAACAGCCUGGAAGAUGCUGAGCAAGGCAAGAACUGCAAAUCCACACUGAUGACCCUCAACGUUGGUGGAUAUUUAUACAUUACUCAAAAGCAGACACUGACCAAGUACCCAGACACUUUCCUUGAAGGUAUCGUAAAUGGGAAAAUCCUCUGUCCAUUUGAUGCUGAUGGCCAUUACUUCAUAGACAGGGACGGGCUUCUCUUCAGGCAUGUCUUAAACUUCCUACGAAAUGGAGAACUUCUGCUGCCUGAAGGAUUUCGAGAAAAUCAACUUCUUGCUCAAGAAGCAGAAUUCUUCCAGCUCAAAGGACUGGCAGAGGAAGUGAAAUCCAGGUGGGAAAAAGAACAGCUGACACCCCGAGAGACUACUUUCUUGGAAAUAACAGAUAACCACGAUCGUUCGCAAGGACUGAGAAUCUUCUGUAAUGCUCCUGAUUUCAUAUCAAAAAUAAAAUCUCGAAUUGUUCUGGUAUCCAAAAGCAGGCUGGAUGGGUUUCCAGAGGAGUUCUCUGUGUCAUCAAAUAUCAUUCAAUUUAAAUACUUCAUCAAGUCUGAGAACGGCACUCGACUUGUACUAAAGGAAGACAACACCUUUGUCUGCACCUUGGAAACUCUUAAGUUUGAGGCCAUAAUGAUGGCUUUAAAAUGUGGGUUUAGACUGCUGACCAGUCUGGACUGCUCCAAAGGGUCAAUUGUUCACAGCGAUGCACUUCAUUUUAUCAAGUAAUUACCUGCCUCGUGAACAAAGGCAACAAGCAUGCAGCCAGCAAGCUUCAGAAGCCACAGAAUCAAAGGCAUCCCAAACAACGUGCUCAGCUAGCUAGUCCAGAGCCCGGCUGCUAAUCAAGUACUGUGAGCUAACGGUAUGUAAAUCUAUCACUAAGAUGUCCUUCUCUGGGGUGUUCUGCCAUCACAUUUUCACCGACAUUGAAGCUGUGGUCUUCUAAACUGUAAAUAAAGACAACGCUUUUGCUAUUUAUUUUUUCCCCUUAAGCUGUCUUUCAAUGAGAAUGUCUUGGGUACUUCACCUAUCAUUCACUAUAGCAAAUGCUAACAACAUACGAUCCAAAAUCUUUUCUACUUAAGAGCAAAAAUCCAUGAAGAAGAUGAACUGGUUUAUAAAAUAAACAUGGAGAGCAAAAUAAAUGCACAGAGCUACCUAAAGCAGGGGUGACAGUGAAUCAAAAUGGGACGGUAAAACACAUUCGAGCUACUGAUUUCACUUUUAAAAUAGCAGGCACCAAAAGCUUUAUUAUAGCUCUUGUAUUUCAUACUAGAAUCAUGGCUAAAUUGAUAUUUUGCUGCAAAUUUCUAGGAAACUGCUUGAAAACAAUAAAAAAUAAAAGCACGGCUAGCUUCUUUGCUUGUAUUAAUGAUUGCAAUAAAAGUUACAUGUGUCACUUUAAAAACGAAUAGUGCCAUUUGAUGACUAUGCACGAUAUUCUGCACUCAUGCAGUUAACUGUCAGGCUACAGCACCUUGCUGGUCAGCAAGGGACAAAAAUUAGCAAGCGUACUUUACCGUACAGCACGGCAUAGGUGGUUUGGUCCCAGCUGAGUGCACGGUGUGAGAGUGGAAGAGCCUAUUUUCACAAUCACUCUAUGCUCAUUUUUCAAGCUCAAAAUGUUAAAUGAACAUUAUUCAACAACACUCUUAGAGAAGAACUUUACUGGUCUUUUCAAAAUCUAUUAUGUAAAAAAGUCCUUCAAAAUUUCAUACUAAAACCUGACCAAGUCACCACCACCAUCUCUCAAUUUCCUUGCUAUGUUACACUAAAAAUAUCUCUUCUGACGCGAAAUCUCAGAGUCUCAGAGUUGUGCUGAUUUCUUCUAUCUCAUGCUAACAUUUACAGAAAUUUUAAACUUUAUUUUAUGAAUGACUGUUUAAGGACUGUUCUCAGCUAAACUCUAAGCGCGAGUGCAUGCCUUGCCCACUUACUUUGCAAAGAGCACCUACAUCAUUCCUAUGGUUUCACCUACAUCAUUCCUAAUGGUUUCUAAGAACAAACUGUCUUAAAUGUAAAAUAAACAAGUUGGAAGUUGUGAUUCAUGUUUGAAUCCCUCAUGAAUCCCUCCAGCUGAGGCAGGAGGACUAACACAUGUUUAAGGCCAGCUAGGGUUACUACAUGAGGCGCUAUCUCACAAAGGCAAAGCAAAAAGAAAGAAAAAGGAGGCAGGGCCAGCCAGGGUUACUAGGUGAGGUUCUAUCUCAAAAAGACAAAGCAAAAGAAAGAAAAAGGGGGAAGGGAAGCCAUCACUGAAACUAACAACUAUAAUCCAACCUUAUUAAAUAAACCAACAAAACCUGUUGAUUAUCUUGGCUGAGUUUAAAUAAUCAUACAACAUUUUGACUACAUAUAAAAUUUAGAAUAAAGCUCAAUAUUAAGUAUUAACUAUAAUGGACUUUUACUUUCAAAAUCUACGGAAAUAUAAAAGUUGCCUAUACAGACUAAAAGAAAUUCUUUAAAAGGUACUGUGCAAACAGAGCCCUUUUAAAAUUCAUACUAAAACAACACUCAAUGUCAACUACAUAAUUUUCUCAGAUGUUACAUUAAGAAAAAAAUGCUUCACCUUAUGCAUCAAAUUUUCUUAAUGAACUAUAAAUGGCUUAAUCAGGACUUAAAGGAACUACUGAAACAGUUUUUAAAAAAUGUACAGUUGCCAGUGGCUGCCAUUCAACUGUUUAUACACCUCCCCAGACCAGGGGCUGCCAUUCAACUGUUUAUACACCUCCCCAGACUAGGGGUUGAGCUCUCCUUGGCAUUUGGACUUGAUAAUGAAAAAAAUUGGUAGUGAUUUACUGUCAGAGUCAAGUUUUUUCUCUAUCAAGAUUUCAGUCCAGAUAAUAAAGAUGUACUGAUAUGUGUUACUGGAGAUGCAGCUGAACCAGUCUCAGAACUACAAGAAAGGCUUCUCAUGAUUUCACAAGAGAAUUUAGUUUUUCACAACGAAGUUUAUUGCUGUUGUUAUGAACUACCAAAGGAAUCUGAUGUAUGUUUAUGUAGCUCUUUAAAUGAAUAUUCACAUCUGGAUUUAAGUCCUUAAACUUUAAGACACUACACUAAUCUACAACAAUUAGUAGUCGACAGGAAAUGCAUCUUUGCAAAUUCAAAAUUAACUGUAUUUAUAGAUUCAAGUGCCUAAAUGUUGGGUUGUAGGUAUGCAGAAAAUGUCUAGUUUUAAAUUUUUUAGUUUUCUAAAACACUUACAAGGAUCUAAGAUAUCUUGAUAUCUUACAAAGGGCCAAGAGCAGAGCUUCCCUGACAGUUUGUUUCAAUGACUUGUGUAAUUUCUUUCUCAUAAGCAAAUGUUAUAAAGAACUCAUCAGUGUCUCUUUACCUUCUUAAAGGAAGUGGGUAAAGGCGCUCAGGACCUGAGCACCUCUGGAGCUAUUUGGACCUAGCCUAUGCAGUGAUUCUUGCUCCCAACUUUAAAAUAUGAAAAACAAAUAUGUGCUUAUGGCUUUCUGCUGUAUUGUAAAAUGUGUCUGUGCAGCAUGAAGAAUGAAUGAAACAUAAGACCUCAAAUAAUAAAAAGCAGAUGACUCUAUGCCAGCCUAAAGAUGAAAAUACGGAAUAAGCUUGUUCUAGUGUUUCUCUGAAGUCAUAAGUGCUACUUAUAAGGCACUACUAAUAAAAAGGUAACAUUCAUUAAGUUCUUGUUGUCUGAUUUCAUUUUGAGGCAGGGCCUUACUCUGUAGGCUAGGCUGGCCUCAACCUCCUGAUGACCCUCCUACCUUGAGCUUCCUAGAGCUGGGUUACAGGUGUGAGUGACUGGGGCAGCCUUCAAGUGUUUUACUGUAUGUUAGUAUCAAGCUAGAUAUCUCAAUCCUCAAGCAAACGGACAGUCAUUCAUCUUCUUACAGGGAUAGUAAGGGUUAAGAAUCCCUCCCUACUUCAUACACGGUUAGCAAGAAGCCAAGGUCCACAGCCCAGGUUCAGUGGUUUCCGAUGCACCACCACAUACUCCUGUGAAUCAGACCACUCAGAUCCUUAGUGCCUAAUCUAGAACUUGGCAAAAAACAGGCAUUUACAUUCACAACUCAGUACGAAUACAAAAUACCAGAUACAGUCUGUCUUACUUGUACACUUUCACAAUGCAAGUAUUCUAAAAAUGUUAAGUGGAAAAUUGAAUUUUGGAAUAUCAAACAACUUUUUUUAAGCAACUAACAUUUUUAAUGUCAUGUCAUUUAAAGAACUUGAGGUGAAUCAUCCAUCUCAUAGACUAAAGAAUAUCCAAAUUUGUCUAUUUAUGAAUCUAAAUUUCUUACAUAUCAGAUUUGCUGAAAAGUUUAAUCUUUUAGAGCCUGCAUUAGCUGUAUUAUGAAAAAAUAUUUUUCUUACAUUGUGAGUAAAACAUGCUCAAAUAAAAUUCUCCUGAGUUCUGAAAUGAGAUUCUAUUAGCUUCUACAAAGUAGUGUAGAGAAUGGUAAGUCAAUAAAUCUUUUCAAACUUUUAACCUCUUCAUGGGGAUGUUUAAAGUGUGAGUUGUAUGUAAAGCACUUCUAGUUCAGACUUUGAGGAGAGUGUUAAAAACCUUACCCAGUGCAAGCACAUCCUCCUAGUCACAAGUGCUAGCCAUGUAAAGUGCAGGGCCAUUCUAACUUAUGCUUCCUACUUAAACAAGUACAAAUCUUUUAAUAAACAUAUACUUUCUUAUGCAAUAAAGUGAGUUAUUUUAAGAUAAAAACAUAAGAAAAAUAGACUUCAUUCAAUUAUUAAAAACAUGAUUCUCUUCAGACUUUCUAGUUCUAUGUAAAAAUUUACAACAAAAUAAGCUAGCAUUUUAUCAGCAAUUUUAAAAUCAGUCGGAAAGGUACAGGUGAUAAAGCAAUCUAAAAGCUAAGCCUAUUUAAUAAGUUAUGAGUAAAUACCUCACAAUGCAAGAUGUUGGCUGAGGUUAAAAUUAGUGUCUGAGUCAUAAUGGUUGUUGCUCGUAAGCAGAGAUGUAACACAGACCAUCCAACACAGCUUGUAACUCAGUGAAUAUAUGUGAACAGCUCCAAAACACACUACUUCUGUAGCUGGCUUCCUAAUCACAUUCCGUUUAAGCUACUAUUAAAAUUCAUUUGCUCUGUAAACAAGCCAAGGGGGAAAUGUUAAAUAAGCACUUGCUGGGCACAGAAAUCUAUCUAAGGUGAAAUCUAAAUUUACCUGAAAUAAUUUGUGAGGAGGUGAUAACAUUCAUCUUUUCUUGACAAAAAUACAUAAUUGGCUAAAGUGUUUCUACCAAACAAGUUUCUUAACUGUAUCCUGAAUGCUAUUUUAAGUUACGUAUAUUUAACUAAACUCCUCUAUCAAAAUAAAAUGUCCACAACUUGGGUUGAGGAUGACUCUGGUCGAGGGCUUGCCUAGCAUAAGCAAGUCCCUACACUGGCUACAGGGUGUACGUGUGGGAAGUGAAUGUGUAUAUAGCUUAUAUAUGUGAAAUACUGAAUUAGACAUUAAAAGAACAAAAACAAAAUGGGAACUCUAUUAGAUAUCAAAGAAUGGGACAACUCUACUGUGUUCCUUUAUAACGCCAUGACAGGUUUUUCAACUGUACUAGUUUUACUGGUGUAGGACCUUAGUCUAUCUGGUUACAUUGAAAAACAAUUCUUAAUAAUUAUCUAUAAAGAUCUACUUAAUUUUUAGAAAUUCCUUUUUGAGGCAAGGCUCAACUUUAUAUAAGUAAUUUUGAUUAAUAUCUUCUAGGAUAUAAAGCACAAAUUCUUCUACAUUAAAGUGUGAAACUGAGCUAGUCUAUUAAUUUAGUCUUAAUUAUACUCCAUUGAUUUUACUUCCUUGUAACAGAUGUUCAUUAACUUUUUUUAGAAUUCUUAAGAAUUGCUGAAUAAAUAAUUUUAAUCU